UGGACUUUAACUCCUCAAUUGGAGGUUGCUAUAGUAGAGCUGAGCUGAGAAAUGGAUCAUUGAGAUCAAAGGCUGUAAGUUAUGAUGUUGGCCUUUUAAAAAGUCAACUCUGCUCUGAAUGUCAUAGUUUACAACUUUCAACCGGACGCUACAGCAUGGACUCGUGGUCUCUGCCUUGGUCUCUGCUCUUUGGCAUCCUUCUCGGGGUUUCCGGCUUGCCAACUCCAGAAAAUUUUGUCAAAGAUAUAGAUGCUGGAAUUGAUCAGGAUAUAUUUGAUAUCAAUGAAGAUUUGGGACUGGAGCUUUUUCAGGGAGACAUCAGACUUGAUCGGGUACAAGGUAGAAAUUCCCUCAUUGGAGAAGAAUAUAGAUGGCCUCAUACCAUUCCAUAUGUUCUAGAAGACAGCUUGGAAAUAAAUGCCAAAGGAGUUAUCCUCAAUGCAUUUGAACGUUAUCGCCUAAAAACAUGCAUUGACUUCAAGCCUUGGGCUGGAGAAGCUAACUAUAUAUCAGUGUUCAAGGAAAGUGGGUGCUGGUCUUACGUAGGAAACAGGCACAUUGGCAGGCAAGAGCUCUCCAUCGGUGCAAACUGUGACAGAAUAGCAACGGUGCAACACGAGUUCCUCCAUGCACUGGGAUUCUGGCACGAGCAAUCGCGUUUUGAUCGGGAUGACUAUGUCAGGAUAGUUUGGGACAGAAUCCUGUCAGGCAGAGAGCACAAUUUUAACAUCCAUGAUGACACAGAAUCAGAUUCCCUGAAUGUUCCCUAUGAUUACAUGUCUGUAAUGCACUAUAGUAAAAACGCAUUCCAAAAUGGAACAGAGCCAACAAUUGUAACAAGAGUCUCCGACUUCGAGGAUGUGAUUGGCCAACGGUUGGAUCUCAGUGACACUGAUGUCUUAAAGUUGAAUCGACUGUACAACUGCACUUCUUCCUUGAGUUUUAUGGACUCUUGCAAUUUUGAACUGGAAAAUGUAUGUGGUAUGAUCCAAAGUUCAAGAGAUAGUGUUGACUGGCAACGGGUUUCCCAGAUUCCUGGGGGGCCAGAGAAUGAUCAUUCCAACAUGGGCCAGUGCCAAGGCUCCGGUUUCUUCAUGCAUUUUGACAGUCAGUCUGUAAAUGUGGGUGGCACAGCAGUGCUGGAAAGUAGAAUAUUUUACCCUAAACGAGGAUUUCAGUGCUUGGAGUUUUAUUUGUACGACAGUGGAAGUGGAACUGACCAACUGAACAUUUAUGUGAGGGAGUACUCUGUCAACGAUUUGGAUGGUAAAUUAACCCUUGUGAAAGAAAUCAAAGAAAUACCCACUGGGAGCUGGCAACUUUACUACGUAACAUUGCAAGUGACCAGCAAAUCUAGAGUGGUGUUUGAAGGACUCCGAGGAGCUGGUGCAUCAUCGGGUGGUCUGUCUAUUGAUGACAUCAAUCUUUCAGAAACACAGUGCCCUCAUCAUAUUUGGCAUAUAAGGAACUUCACACAGAUCUUUGACACUCCAAAUGCAAGUCUAUAUAGCCCUCCAUUCUAUUCUCCUAAAGGUUAUGCUUUCCAGAUUUACUUGAAUCUACAAUCUUUGCCUAAUGUAGGGAUAUAUUUCCACUUGAUCUCUGGAGCCAAUGAUGAUCAAUUACAGUGGCCAUGUCCUUGGCAACAAGCCACAAUGACACUCUUGGAUCAAAAUCCUGACAUUCGACAGCGUAUGUCCAACCAGCGGAGUAUAACUACAGACCCAUUUAUGACCACCGAUAAUGGAAACUAUUUUUGGGACAACCCUUCCAAAGUGGGAAAAUUGGCUUUUUUCCCUAAUGGAACCCAGUUUAGCAGAGGUGGAGGUUAUGGAACCAGUGUCUUUAUAACUGAAAAGAGGAUCAAAAGCAGAGACUUUAUAAAAGGAAAUGAUGUUUACAUCUUAUUAACAGUGGAAGACAUAUCUCACCUGAAUUCUACAUCAUCUCAGCCAGCCCCGACCUCCAGUGUCCGUGACCUCUGCUCAAGUGUCACAUGCGAAAAUGGUGGCAUCUGUACUGUCCAAGAUGACAAAGCUGAGUGCAGGUGUCCCUCUGGGGAAGACUGGUGGUACAUGGGAGAAAGGUGUGAGAAGAGAGGCUCCACCCAAGACACCAUUGUCAUUGCUGUCUCUUCCACCGUGGCUGUGUUUGUCCUGAUGCUGAUAGUCACUCUUGUCAGCGUCUACUGUGUCAGGAGGAAAUAUCGAAAAGGGACAAGUUCCAAGACACCAAAUGUGGCUAUCGAAAAUCAAUAUGCUUUUUGAAGAUUAACUCAACAAUGCGGCCAGCAAAUGAAAUGAGAAAGGGUUCUUCAUCACGGAUUUCACCUAAACUGUGUUACAACCACCUCAUUCUUCUGAAAAUGGAUCUUCUCUUUAAAUAGCUGAAUGUAUUACAAAUCAUUAUUUUGGUAAAAGUCAAAUUGGCAAAAUCAAUCUCUCUCUCUCUUUCUUUGAGGAAGAGAUUCAGGCUUCUCUGGAAAUAUAAUAUCAUCAAUAAAAGGGAGAGCAAAAAUUAGAGCCUGCUGUCCCAAUUUCUGAUCCUUCCAUUUGGGGCCAAGGGCAGAGGCCUCCUCACAAAGAACUCCUGAGAUGAUUCUCCACAGGGAAGCUCAGCAGUUCCCUGGCUGACCUGUCCCCAGGCAGGGAAGGGAAAGGCGGCCACGAGGCUUUCUCUAACCCAGCAACUUUCUUGUUUUCUCAUAUAACCCUUAGGGUGUGAGCACUUGAUUUGCAUCUGUGGACCUCGCUACUAUAGUCAAAAUUUCCAAGUCCUCCAGCAGCAGCAGUUCUCAAAGUGUGUGUGUCCGGAGACUUCGCACAUUAAAAAAUUAACAGGGACCUCAAAGAGCUUUCACUUAU